CGACAGCAUUAUUUCUACUAGUAGUAUUUACCUAUUGGCGAAAUAAUGAUCACAUUACACCAGCUUAUAAAAACAUGAAAAGUGAUUCGAUUGAAAUGUGUGAAAGCUUUUUAAAACAAACACCAAUUCAGUCAGUAGCGCGAAAAUUCAAGACACAUUCAACAAGUAAAGAUCUUUAUCGUCAGUGGAAUGGAAUGAAAUCGUGUAAAAACUUCAAGGAAUUAAUUGAACAACCUAUUAAAGUCAAUAAAGAGGAGAAAGCUUAUCCAAUUGCAUUCUCCAUCUCUGUUUAUGAAGAUGUUGGAAGGAUAGCCAGGUUAUUACGGUUAAUUUAUCGACCACACAAUCUCUAUUGUAUACACGUAGAUAAGAAAUCACCAGAAUGGUUCUAUCAACAAGUUGUUGAAUUAUCUCAGUGUUUUGGUAAUAAUGUGCUAGUUGUCAGUCGAGACAAAAGUAUACCAGUCGUCUGGGGACAUUAUUCAGUACUUGAAAAUUUUUUGAUUUGUGCUGACAUACUACUGAAUAAUCAAAAUGUUAAAUGGAAGUAUUUAUUUAAUAUUAAUGGAAAAGAAUUACCAUUGCGUACAAAUUGGGAGUUGGUCGCUGCUUUAAAAGCAUUGAAUAUGUCUAAUGUUGUACAAUUCUCUGCUAGAAAUGGACCAAAACAUAGACUUCCUAAAAAGAAACCAAGUUUUCCAGUCACAUGGAUAAAAGGAAGUUUUCACGCUGUUCUACGACGUGAUAUGGUUAACUAUAUACUGCAUGAUAAACAUUCCCUUGAAUUAUUAAGUAUACUCAAAGAAGAAGAGCCUCUAUUAAAAGUACCCGAUGAAAUGCUUUUCAGUACACUUGUUUACAAUCCACAACUUGGUGCUCCUGGUGCAUGUCUUAAAAUUCAUCAAUCGAAUACAAAAAAUUCUCGAUCACUAUUUGUUGCACGAUAUAAAUUAUGGUGGCCGAAUUAUUGUGCAUCAAAACGUUUAGUUCGUGGAAUAUGCAUAUUUGGUGUACAACACUUGCAUGAAUUUACACAGAGGCCAGAAUUUUUCGCUAAUAAAUUCAAUCUUGGAUUUUAUGAUUUUGCCUAUGAUUGUUUAGAGUAUUGGAUAUUGAAAAAAUUGAAAAGUGAACAGGUGACGGGAGAAUUAAGUGGGCAAUUUAAUACAACCUUCUAUUCUAGAUUAUUCUGUUCACGUAGUCAUAUUUAGAUAGGAAGUGUUUUCCACUGUAUCAUACCAGUUAUGAAGUGUGUUAACUUUCGAUAAAUAAUCUUGUAUUUAAUUUUUCAAAAUGCACACAAGCAAAGUUUUAUUUUUCCCCCAUGAUGGGAUGCUGUCUACUUCUGUAUUGUUUGGUAUUUCUUUCUAAUUGUGAAUAAUUGUAAUAAAUUCUAUAGUAGAUGUGGAAUAUAAGGAAAUAACUUGUACUUAA